AUGGCUGAAGUAUCCACGAAUCCCGUCCCUGGCUACUCGGAUACACAAUCAACUGCGCCUGAGGAUGAUCCAGACCUUCCCAAUUAUUCCGCGCGAUCGCGAGCGCAGUUCACAGAGCAGACAUUUCAACUCGAGGAUAUGAAAUCUCGUGGAUGGCUUUGGCUGAAAGUGAACAGUCGGUCGAAGGCCAACCAGUUGCCACUAUUCUAUGACCGUGAUACUCUCUCCGGGACAGUCGAGAUAGACUUCGAUAAGGUUGAUGGGGCGAAGACCGUAACUGUCUCUGUCUUCGCCGGAGUUACAGCCGUAGGUCAGGAGGAAGUCAGGUUUUUAGAGAUUACCCACCAGCUAUGGAGUGCGAAGGGCUCGCCAAAGCUGCCGGGAAAACACUCCUACCCCUAUGCAAUCACACUCCCCAGCGAUGCAUCUGUAGUCGAACGGGGUAAGAAGCCCGCGCGGACAUUCCCUCUCCCACCGAGCUUUUCAGAGCGUGCAAGUCCGGCUUACAUUGACUACAAGCUAGUCGUUACGGUAAAGAAGGGCUCGUUCCGGGUUAACCAGGUCUUAGCAACGACCUUCGUGUACAUGCCGCUCAUCCGAGCCGAUCCUCCUUCCCCGCUGCGGGAACUCUCCUACAGAGAAGGCGUCCCGCUGAUAGGACCUCAAGGUGAUCCCGGAGGGUGGAAAGUUUUUCCCCCUGUAAAGGUUGCAGGAACCCUUUUUGACACUCGCACAGUCGAGCUAGAAUGCACGCUGGCGUUUGCUACUCCCCUGUCUUACGCCCUCGGCAGCCCUAUUCCUAUCACACUCACUCUCAAGGGCAGCGAUGAACAAGGCCUUGAUCUUCUUUCGACGCCCUCUGCCGUUCGGCUUCGCCUUAUCCGCGUGCGCCUGGUCGGCUCUCAUGCGAUCCUGGACGACGAUAGCACUGGGCGGAGCAACAACAUGUUCCGGGACUCCGUGGGUAGUGCAUUCUUUUGGCUAUCGGACGAGGGCGCCCCCGAAGCCGGGGUACGCGUACUUCAGGGUGAGCUCGAGGUCAAGAACUCUCUCAAGCUACCAUUUGUCUUCCCGCGGUUCUCCGUUAGGUACGCUCUCGUCCUGUUACAGUUCCAGGCGCCCGGCUUCGCCCCAGCCUCCUCUGACGUCGAGCCGCUGAUCAGCGAGCGCGUCACGAUCACGGGCCUGAACGCGCCCGGCGUCGUCCCGCGGUCCUACGCACCCCCGGGAUACGUACAUGCGGAGGAGGGCGACUACAACACGGCCAUGGGGUAUUUGGAGAACGGGAACCAGAGAUUUUACCACCAUCAUGGCUUCUGA